AUGUCAUCCCACUCUACCACUUCCACACCUCCCUCUCCCCCUCAUACUCCUCUUCCUUCUUCACCAAACUUCAAAUUGACCUUACCUACUCCACCUUCAUUCUCCGCUCAUCGAUCCAGCUCUCAGUCGAGGAAUACCUCAUCUACCAAUCUCGUCGACUUACCCCACCAGCACGAUGAUACCAGUCGACAUUCCAAGAGGAUGAGUAUAUCUUCUAUCCAUGAUCCAAUUGUGGACAACAACGAGAAGAAAGAUAGGAGAGUAUCAUUCUCGAUCGAAACUAAUAAACCUAUUUCGAGACCAUCCACUACUAGUACUGCUCCACCAUCAGGAGGAAUGAAAUCACCACUUUACAAGAUCCCUCAACGUCAAAAUCCUCCUCAAGAUAAAGAUAAAGAUGGAGAAGAGAUACUCAACAGUCCUGGAAUACUACAAACUCCACCUCCUACAAAACGUCGACCAAUCUCUUUCCAAGGGGUAUCACCUGGAUCAACCAGGAUCUCCAAUACGGCCGCUCUUAAAGGGAUCUCGAUCGAUCAAUCUCUGUCUUCUCCCAAGGGGGCGUUUUCGAGAUCUAUUUGGUCAGCGGGGGUCCUACCUUCCUCAUCAUCUAAAUCAGGUUGGAUAUCCCCUGCAGGUGCAGCCGGUCCAACAAGUACCAAAUCAAUCUCUUCAACGAAAUCACCUUUACCCAUUACCACUAGUACUGCUACUACUGGCGAACUUCGCAAAAGUCCGAGCGGAACGGGUAAGCAGGGAUCAGCGAGUGAGAUUGCCAAAGCGAGAGGAUUAAGUAUAGCGAUUAUAAAAGAAAAUGGACAAGGGGUAUUACCGGUCACUCCUGGUUUGAUGACUGCUUCAUCAGCUGGCGGAUUGAAGAGUCCAAUCGUAACAGUAGGAGGACUGAAAAGUCCUGAUAUAAAGAUUAUAAAACAUAUCAAUGUUAAUGGUGAUAUUAAGAACGGAUUAAGCUCUGCUAAGAGUACUGGUGUACCUGAUACAGCAGGAAGUAUCGGUAAGAAAGAGAUCAUUUUAUGUAAAUUCUAUCAUACACCUGGAUUAACCUGUACUUCCCGACCAUGUCGAUUCGUCCACAACCUAUCCUCCGUCCAAAACCAACUAGGAUCUGCAUAUCCUCAAUCUGCCACAGGUGCACUGAGUGGAUUUAGGAUGUUAAGUCCUGUUCGACCUGAUCCCACUUCGGGGACUUUCGCCCAGGCUCAAAUGACACCCUCGACCGCUACUGAUUUCCCGAAAAAGACCGUCAAGGUGAACGAAGAUGGCGGGAUGGACCUGGGCGAUAUCAUGCCUGGGGAGAAGGUCUUGAUCGAAGAUGAGAAUGGUGAAGAGGUCGUUGGACAGGUAGUCUUCAUGAGUGGUGGCGGGAAGGGGGCAAUGGGUAAGAGCAGAGAGAAGUGGAAGACUGUCCCAUGUAAAGACUUCGCUGAAGGUCAUUGUCCAUAUAGGGAUUACUGCUCUUUCAUCCACGACGAGAAAUUACCCUCCGGCUUGCUCAACGAGGAGUCGAAGACUGAAGAAGACACUGAGCCCGAAGCACAGAGGGUCGAAGUCACUGAAUUGAGCUCCGCUCAACAACAUCGAUUGACUCAUCGUAAAUCCGCUUCUUUGAGCAGUUCACUCACAGCAUGGACCAAAGCUCUCCCGAAAGCCAUCUUGGUCCCCUCGGUGAAGGUCGAUCCUCAAGUACUUCAAAAGACCGAAGGACACUUAUCAGCUUUUGCCCCUCCAUACCUCAAAGAUCCCAUCGCUGUAGAUGAGAUUGGCGAUCUCAUUCCCGCCCCUCAGUGUAUUGAGGCAAUAAAAGCAUCAGCUACUACACCACCUGUACGAGCUAAAGAGCCAUUAGCUAUACCUAUGGAGCCCACCAUCACCGCCCCACCCAAAGUUACCGCUUGGGCUAAAGGUCCUCCACCCAACUUGAGGAAAGUGGCUAGUAUCAAGAAUCUCUCUUUGACCCCUCAUCCUCGUUCUCACGGGAAUGGGAAUGGACUUACACCUACUUCAGCAAGUCAUCUGAUGCCCCCCGUAUCCGCUAUAUCAAUGUUCGGUACGGAAUCCGAUCCAGCAUCGCCCUUUGAUCCGGUCGUCCAACGAAGGAAAUCACAAGAGUUGGAAGAUGCCUUGAAAGAUCUACCUAAAUCAAAUUUAUCUCAACGAUUCGAACAUGAUCAAGGUCUCUUGUCUCUACCUAAUUUGCCUACUUCGCCUUCUCAGGGUUAUUAUUCUGCUCCAGCCGCCGGUGGAAAUCAGGGAAAUAGUGUAUUGAAUUCUACUACGUACCCCUGGGGAAUGCCCAUGUCACCUUUACCUGGACAUGGCGAUCCGACUGUCCCCUUGAUUCCCGGUGGACUCGGUGUGAUCUGGACACCUACCGGAUGGGCUGUUCAGGAUGCAGCUAUGAAGAAUGCCCUCAGAUCGGCUGAGGUGAAAGCUAGAUAUGGUGAGGAUACGAAGAGAAGAACGGCGAAGAACUAUUUCAGGACUAAACCAUGUAAAUUCUUUGCCGAGGGUUAUUGUCCUCAUGGUGCCGAAUGCACAUAUAUGCACGUCAUGGUUCCCUCUUCACCUGAACAAUCAUCAUCUUCCUCAGGUAGUGAAUCAGGAGCAUCUAUCGGUCAAGCAUUCUCUUCACCUACUUCACCAUACGGUACGAUCCAACAACCAGUACAUCCGAAACAUCAGACUUUGCCAUGUAAAUUUUACAACUCAUCCUUGGGAUGCAAUAAUGGCGAUCGAUGUAAUUUCUUACAUACUCGUGUCGUACCCGAGAGUGUAAUGAUGGUUGAAAGACCCAGACCAUGGAGGACAAAACCAUGUAGACAUUAUCAACUGAAUCGAUGCACACUAGGUGACGCAUGUCAUUUCGCGCAUGUGCUUGAUCCUGCUUGGGUAAAUUCAGGAUAUCAUUCUCAAUAUCAAACCAAUCACCCACCACAACAUUUGACGGAAGAGAGUUUGGAGAAGACUUUGGAAGAGAUGAGGAACGGAAAGAAUGAGAUAAGGGGAGGGGACGACGAUGAAGAUGAGGAUGAAGAUGAUGUCGAAAUUGUAACGGCUGUAGGAGAUCUGACAUUCUCUUCAACAAGUUACAGUCCACCUUCUUCCGUUCGAGUAUGA